GUGACUCGUGAGUACGUCAUCGUACCCCGAGUCCCUACUUUGUGGACAGUAGAGCUAUGUAGAUGGAGUCGACCUCAGACAAGAAGUCAUCGGUGAACAAGUGAGGUCUCUUAGUGUUGCGUAAGAGAACGAGAAUUCGAGUUGUGUAUCGGGUUAGAUAAACAGCCAUUUGGAAAGCCACUUAAGUCAUAAUGGUGACCGGAACGGGAGAUGUGAUAGCGUCGGGCGAGGACGUUACCGUGAUGACUACGAAGUUUAGUAAACUGAACGGCGUAAACAUAGCAGAUGUUCGUAACAAUGGAGUCGCAAAUGCGAAGAACGUUAAUUCAAACGGACCAGAGUUGACGACAACGAAACAUUUGGAAUCGGAUUCUAUCGGAAACAAUGGACCAGGAGUUCACAACAAGUCCAGUGCCCAAACAAUGACUUCCGUAGAAAACACGGAUUUUCGUAAUGGACCCGACCAAGUGCUUCCAGCUACGGGAUGGUCUACGUCGACUGCUAAUGGCCGGGUUAAAAUACGAUUCGAGCAAAGUGGCAUAGCUGCUAGGGAGCCCAUCUCUGUGCCCGGACUUCUGCACAAGAUAGCUGAGCAGUAUCCCAAUAAUCCAGCUCUCGCUUCCAAGGGGGAAGAUGGCCAAUGGAAGAUCAUAACUUACAAGGAGUACGAAGAUUCUGUGAGGACGUGUGCCAAAGGGUUCCUCAAGUUAGGACUGAAGAGGUACCAUUCUGUCUGCAUCUUGGGCUUCAAUUCGCCGGAAUGGUUCUUUUCUGAUUUGGGUGCGAUUUACGCUGGCUACUCGAUGAUCUAUUUCAGUGGCUCUGCAGAAGCUUGCCAUUACUGCGCUGUGAAGAGUCGCGCCAAUAUUAUCGUCGUUGAGGACAGGAAGCAGCUGGAUAAAAUCAUGUCCAUUAAAGACAGGCUGCCAGAACUUAAAGCUGUUGUGCAGUACCACGGCAAACCUGAAGUUGAAGGCGUAAUCAGCUGGGAAGAACUGAUGGAAAUGGGACGUCAGGUGCCAGACGUAGAACUCGAUGACAUAUUGAAAACCAUCGGCGUCAACGAAUGCUGCUCGCUGCUAUUUACUUCUGGGACAGUCGGAAACCCUAAGGUUGCCAUGUUAAGUCACGACAACUUUACAUGGGAUGCAGAAUCCAUUAUAGAUCACAUGGGCAUUAGCAGCAGUAAUAAGCAUGAAGCCAUUGUCAGUUUCCUGCCUCUCAGCCACGUAGCCGCGCAGAUUGUGGACAUUUACAUUGCUAUAAAGGGCGUAGCAACCGUGUACUUUGCUGAUAAAGAUGCCCUUAAAGGAAGCCUGGUGAAGACUCUGCAGGAGGUUCGUCCUACUCGAAUACUCGCCGUGCCUCGAGUGUGGGAAAAGAUCUAUGAGAAGAUGCAAGAAAUCGGUGCGCAGUCGGGCGUAAUCAAAAGAGCUGUAGCGACUUGGGCGAAGGGCCACGGACUCCAGCAUUACGUCGACAAGAUGAACGGAAUUGACAGCAAUACAUUUUCCUACAUGCUUGCCAAGAAGCUGAUAUUCUCUCGAAUCAAACAAGCCUUGGGUUUGGAUCGCUGUGCCACUACUCUCUCGGGAGCCGCGCCAAUUUCUGUUGACAUCAAGAAAUACUUCAUGAGCAUUGACAUUCCUCUCAUGGACGCGUUUGGAAUGACGGAAACAACUGGAGGGCAUCUGCUCAGCAAGGAGGAGGCAUUCAGGUUUGAGGCCACGGGGCAGAAAAGGGAAGGCGUUUACUCGAAGGUUAUAAAUCCUGAAGAAGAUGGCCAGGGAGAGAUGUGUUUUAAUGGACGGCAUAUUUUCAUGGGCUACCUGGAUGACCCAGAGAAGACUUCCGAAGCCCUGGAUGAGGAAGGAUGGCUUCACUCUGGAGACAUUGGAAAAAUUGAUGAAAAUGAUUUUCUGUACAUCACUGGGAGGAUCAAGGAGCUGAUUAUCACAGCUGGAGGCGAGAACAUUCCUCCUGUAUUAAUUGAAGAGGAAGUGAAGGCGCAGCUUCCGUGCAUCAGCAAUGCAAUGCUUAUUGGAGACAAGAGGAAAUUCCUUUCCGUUCUUCUCACAUUAAAGACUGAAAUGAACUUGGAGACUGGCGAGCCAUUGGAAGAAUUAGCACCGGCCGCUAAGCAGUGGUGCAAUGCGCUUGGCUGUGAUGCAAAUACAGUGAAAGAUGUUUUGAAUGGACCAAAUGAACAGGUCUUGGCUGCUAUACAGGAAGGAAUUGAUCGAGCAAAUGCCAAGGCAAUGUCUAAUGCACAACGCAUACAAAAAUUUCAGAUACUUCCUCAUGACUUCUCAAUCCCAACUGGUGAGAUAGGGCCGACAAUGAAACUGAAGCGCAGUGUCGCGCAAAAGAAAUAUGCAGACGUCAUUGAAAGGUUUUACCAACAAACGUAAGAUAACGUAAUGACAGAGCCUUCGCUGCGUGUGGUGCACAAAUCAUCGGGAUGGCUAACAACCUUAAAAAAAAAAAAUUGACUUUGAUACUUAAGUGUUUGUGCGUAACUUUUGGUGAAUAAUGCAAUUGCGUCGCAAACCGAGUUCUUCCCGUGUAAACGUAGGUCUGCAGCGUGGGUGUAUAUAUUUUAUCUUAAAAGUAAAUAAAUAAUUAUAAUGACA